GUCACUCCGCCCCCUAGCGGAGCAGAAGCGGCUGCGCCGGAAUCUCCCACUUUAUUGUGAGGAAAGCAGAGAUCAUCCCUUUCGCUUGCCUCACAGACAGCACGGAGGGAGAAGCGGGGGAGGUGAAGAGUAACAUUUUCUACGGAGGGUACGCCGGUAGAGGGUAAUCAAUGAAGACGCAUGCAAAAAUAAAAUAGACGGCGGAGGUUGAAAGCAUUCAUACCGUGACACUCUGACAGCUGUAACAGGGGUGAAAAUAGGGAUAGGUGUUUAUUUAAGAGGCAAGCGGUCUUUCUAUUAGUGGCAUUAUAAGAAAGAUUCGUCCGCACCUUUGCAAAGAUGGGUAACCGGGGAAUGGAGGACCUGAUUCCUCUGGUAAACAAACUACAGGAUGCCUUCUCUGCUAUCGGACAAAACGCCAACCUAGAUCUCCCCCAGAUCGCUGUUGUCGGUGGUCAAAGUGCCGGGAAAAGCUCCGUACUGGAGAACUUCGUAGGCAAGGACUUCUUGCCACGUGGCUCGGGCAUUGUGACCAGGCGCCCCCUGGUGCUUCAGCUUAUAAACUGCCCCACAGAAUAUGCUGAAUUUCUCCACUGCAAAGGAAAGAAGUUCACAGACUUUGAUGAGGUGCGGCAGGAGAUCGAAGCGGAGACGGACCGUCUCACAGGGCAGAACAAGGGCAUCUCCCCAGUGCCCAUUAACCUGCGUGUCUACUCUCCUCAUGUCCUGAACCUGACCCUGGUUGACUUGCCGGGGAUGACCAAAGUGCCGGUUGGAGACCAGCCAGCCGACAUCGAGCAGCAGAUCCGCGACAUGCUGACGCAGUUCGUCACCAAGGAUAAUUGCCUGCUCCUGGCCGUGUCACCUGCCAACUCGGACCUUGCCAAUUCCGAUGCCCUGAAAAUUGCCAAAGAAGUCGAUCCACAAGGGCUGCGCACUAUUGGCGUCAUCACCAAAUUGGACCUGAUGGACGAGGGGACGGAUGCCAGGGACAUCCUGGAGAACAAGCUGCUUCCGUUGCGGCGAGGUUAUAUUGGCGUGGUGAACCGGAGCCAGAAGGACAUUGACGGGAAGAAGGACAUCACAGUGGCCAUGGCUGCUGAGAGGAAGUUCUUCCUGUCCCAUCCCUCCUACAGGCACCUGGCUGACCGCAUGGGCACCCCCUACCUGCAGAAGCAGCUCAACCAGCAACUGACCAAUCACAUCCGGGACACGCUUCCUGGGCUCAGAGCCAAGCUGCAGAGCCAGCUGCUGUCCAUUGAGAAGGAGGUGGAGGAGUACAAGAACUUCCGGCCCGACGACCCAUCCCGCAAGACCAAGGCCCUGCUGCAGAUGGUGCAGCAGUUCUCAGUAGACUUUGAGAAGCGCAUUGAGGGCUCCGGCGACCAGAUUGACACCUACGAGUUGUCAGGCGGCGCCAGGAUCAACCGCAUUUUCCAUGAGCGCUUCCCCUUCGAACUGGUCAAGAUGGAGUUUGACGAGAAGGAGCUCCGUAAGGAGAUCAGCUAUGCCAUCAAGAACAUUCAUGGCAUCAGGACGGGACUCUUUACCCCUGACUUGGCUUUUGAGGCCAUAGUAAAAAAACAGAUUCUAAAGUUGAAGGAGCCCAGCCUGAAGUGUAUAGAUAUGGUGGUGAGCGAGCUCACCUCCACCAUCCGAAAGUGUAGCGAGAAGCUGGCCCAGUACCCCAUGCUGAGGGAGGAGAUGGAGAGGAUUGUAACGCAGCACAUCCGGGACCGCGAGAGCCGCACCAAGGAGCAGGUGAUGCUGUUGAUUGAUAUUGAGCUGGCCUACAUGAACACAAACCAUGAGGACUUCAUUGGAUUUGCCAACGCCCAGCAGAGGAGCAGCCAGAUGAGCAAGAAGAAGGCAGCCGGGAAUCAGGAUGAGAUCAUGGUGAUCCGGAAGGGCUGGCUAACCAUCAACAACAUUGGCAUCAUGAAAGGAGGGUCCAAGGAGUACUGGUUCGUCCUGACUGCCGAGUCUCUCUCCUGGUACAAAGAUGACGAGGAGAAGGAGAAGAAGUACAUGCUGCAAGUGGACAACCUGAAGCUGAGGGAUGUGGAGAAGGGAUUCAUGUCCAGCAAGCAUGUCUUCGCCCUCUUCAACACGGAGCAGAGGAACGUGUACAAGGACUACCGGCAACUGGAACUGGCCAGCGAGUCACAGGAGGAGGUGGAUGGCUGGAAGGCGUCUUUCCUGAGGGCCGGAGUCUACCCAGAACGCAUUGUGGAAAAGGAUAAGAAUGACACUGAAGAUAGCGGCUCGGAUGGCUUCAUGCACUCCAUGGACCCGCAGCUGGAACGCCAGGUGGAGACCAUCCGGAACCUGGUGGACUCCUACAUGGCGAUAGUGAACAAGACGGUGCGAGACCUCAUGCCCAAGACCAUCAUGCACCUAAUGAUCAACAACACGAAGGAAUUCAUCAAUGCGGAGCUGCUGGCGUGCCUCUACUCGUGCGGCGACCAGAACACGCUGAUGGAGGAGUCGGCGGAGCAGGCCCAGCACCGCGAUGAGAUGCUGCGCAUGUACCAUGCCCUGCGGGAGGCGCUAGGCAUCAUCGGCGACAUCAGCACCUCUACCAUCUCCACUUCCAUGCCCCCACCUGUUGACGACUCCUGGUUACAGGUUUCGGGGGGGCCGUCCGGUCGCAGGUCGCCGGCAGCCAGCCCCACCCCGCAGCGUAGGGCGCCCCCAGGGCCUCCCUCCAGGCCCGGCUCCCGCGGUUCGGCCCCUGGACCCCCUGCUGCCGGAGGUCCGCCUGUCCCCUCCCGCCCUGGGGCGUCCCCGGACCCCUUCGGUGGGCCGCCCCCACAGGUGCCCUCCCGGCCCAACCGCGCCCCCCCGGGUGUACCCAGAAUUACAAUCAGUGACCAGUGAGGACUACCGCUAAGGUCGUCCGGGUAAGGGCAGCCCCUCUCGGCCCGAGAGCCCCCUUCCUCCGUUCGACUCCUAAUCAUAAUUUCUGCCGGCUGUCCUCCUGCAUCCCGCACCCCAACCCUCCUCCUCUCACUAGCACCCCCUAUUGGUGUAGAAGAUUACUUAAAAAAAAACAAAAACAAAAACAAGCAAACCAACAAAAAAAUAACAAGAAGCCUGGACCCCACGCCCCCCUCCUCCCACUCCCACUACUCACCAUGGAGACAUUGUCCUCAAUUUAUGAAAAGAAAAAUGAAGAGAAAACAGGAAGAGCCAUGGAGACAUUCCUGUGUGUUCCCCCCCGGACCCAGGGGAAACAUCUAAAUGAUCACCCCCCCCACCCAAGUAUCAUGUGAUGUUGUGAUGUCCUGCACGGCUUGGAGAGCCUCCUGUAAGAUUUGCCCCCUGCGCUUUUUUCUGUGACGGCGGACUGAGUACAUCUGGUUCACUGUGAAACAGUCCCCGUGCGCCUCGACACCCCCGCAAGUCUUCACGUCCUCCCACCGUCAAGAGCUCCACUCCUUCAUUAGCGAGAUGUUUCUUUGCAAGGCGGGGCCAACGUAGAAAGUGCAAUAUCUCCACGGGAAGGCUUGGGUCAAGCUAACCGCUUUCAUGCCAGACACAUCAUAGAGGUUCAGUCUACGAGGAUGUGAAGACGGCGUCCGAAACUCGGGGCACCUUUGGCUUGCUGUGUCCGAUGCGCCGACCUGGCAAAAUCCCGGGGUGGAAAAAUAUCAUUCCAAGUCAGAUGUCUUGUAAGUGUUCCAGUGUCUCUUUCUUGUCUCUCAGUGAAUCAAGGGUCAAAAGACAUUAUCAGGUCAAAAAAAUAUUAAGUGUCUAUGCAUAGAUUAUUGCAAUCGUUUGUUAAACAUUCCUUGUCCUGUUGACAUUGAGGACAAGGUAGACUUUGUGUCUUUGUGGUUGUUGUUCUCUGACCCUGUUUGUAUUAAUUGUUGGGCAUGGCAACCUUCUCACAUUUAAACAGCUGUGACAGGUCAAUAAAAACAGCACCCCCUCCCCUGCACAAGCAUCCAGCUCCACCAAUCUUAGUGACAUCAUUUACAAAUUAACUACGAUUUAAGAGUAAAUAGUUCUUUAUGGGCAUAUCUUAAGUGUGUUACAUAUCUUUGUGGUGCAUUAUGGGAAAUUGUGCUUCCACUGUUUAGAUUAGUCGACAUGUAAGAUUAAUGAAUAUUAAAUUAUUCUGAACACGUGAAUAUGUGUAAAGUUUUAUGUAUGAUAACGUGGAUAAAAUGAUCACAGUAUAUAUUAAAAAUGUGGGAAUCUAUUUUCAGUCAAUAUUACAUAUUGACACUGCUCAGCAGAUGAGUAAAGAAAGGCUCCGCCCCCCUGGAGAAGGAAGAGCGAAUGGGUGUUUAUUUCAGCUGACGUGUCCUGUACCUUAUUGCUGUUGGUUGAAUGAGUCUGUGCAGCAAGGUGCUGUCAAUUAAAACAAACAAACAAAAAAA